CCGACUUGGAACUUUUUUGAAAGUGAAGAAUUGUCCCUCAUCGCCCAACGAACGACCAGUCGCCCAGUAGAUCGCCCAGCCGACAGCCCUCCUCCCCCCGACGUCAAGAUGAGAUACAUCCACUCCCAAGAGAGCCUGACGGUUCCCGAGAAUGUCAAGGUUCACAUCAAGUCCCGCAUCGUCACCGUUGAGGGCCCCCGUGGCAAGCUCGUGAAGGACCUGUCCCACUUGGCUGUCAACUUCUCCCAGCCGGUCAAGGGCACCAUCAACAUUGAGAUCCACCACGGCUCAAGAAAGAACGUUGCCACCCUCCGCACCGUCCGCACCCUCAUCAACAACCUGAUCGUCGGUGUCACCAAGGGCUUCAAGUACAAGAUGCGCUACGUCUACGCCCAUUUCCCCAUCAACGUCAACCUGGAGAAGGACUCCGAGACUGGUCUGUGGGAGGUCGAGAUCCGCAACUUCAUUGGCGAGAAGCUCGUCCGCAAGGUCAUCAUGCGCGAGGGCGUCGACGUCGAGGUCUCCAAGGCCCAGAAGGACGAGCUCGUCCUCUUCGGCAACUCCCUCGAGGCUGUCUCCCAGUCCGCUGCCGAUAUCCAGCAGAUCUGCAAGGUCCGCAACAAGGAUAUCCGUAAGUUCUUGGACGGCAUGUACGUCUCCGAGAAGGGCAACAUUGAGGAGGAGGCUUAAAUGCAUCUUUUUCCACUCAACGUUAUAAAUCCCUCUCGAUGAAUCAAUAAAAACGAAGGUAUUGAUUGAUGUAUGAGCCGGAGGAGGGGAGCAAAACCAAAACAAAAAGGGUCAAAACAGGUCAUGUUUUUCGAGGCAAAUGCAAAAAUCAAACUGGGGUUUCUGGGUCUUACACACAACACAAUUGGCGUGGCCGGGGUUCCAUUUUUUCACUUUGCAUCGUGUAGCGCAGGGCUACCAUGAAUCACAUCAAAAGUCAAGAAGACGUUGCCUGCUCCCCUCUCUGAGCAGUAUAUCCCACAACACCUCUUUAUAUACCCUACUCGCAUGAGACACUCUUCAUGGUGAAAUGAUACCC